AACAAUGGCAAAACCAGCGUACAAAGUCGCCGACAUUUCACUGGCCGAUUUUGGCCGUAAGGAAAUCGUUCUGGCCGAGAACGAAAUGCCGGGCCUGAUGGCGUGCAGGAAAAAGUACGGCCCGACCAAGAUCCUGAAGGGUGCACGGAUUGCUGGCUGCCUGCACAUGACCAUCCAGACGGCAGUUUUAAUCGAAACGCUGAUUGAGCUGGGCGCUGAGGUGCAAUGGAGCAGCUGCAACAUCUUCAGUACUCAGGAUCAUGCGGCCGCCGCCAUGGCCAAAGCAGGCGUACCGGUGUACGCGUGGAAGGGCGAAACCGAUGAGGAGUACAUGUGGUGCAUCCGGCAGACGCUCAUCUUCCCGGACGGUAAGCCGCUGAACAUGAUCCUCGAUGAUGGGGGCGAUCUUACCAACCUAGUCCAUGCGGAACAUCCGGAGCUGCUGAAGGAGAUCCGUGGAUUGAGCGAGGAAACCACGACCGGUGUGCACAAUCUGUACAAAAUGUUCCGCGAGGGUCGACUCGGUAUGCCGGCGAUCAACGUGAACGAUUCGGUAACGAAGAGCAAGUUCGACAAUCUGUACGGCUGUCGGGAAUCGUUGCUGGACGGCAUUAAGCGUGCGACGGACGUGAUGAUUGCGGGCAAGGUGUGCGUGGUCGCGGGUUACGGUGACGUGGGCAAGGGUUGCGCACAGGCACUGCGCAGUUCCGGCGGGCGCGUCCUGGUAACCGAGAUCGAUCCGAUCAAUGCACUGCAGGCAGCGAUGGAAGGGUACGAGGUGACGACGAUGGAAGAGGCAAGCAAGGAGGCACAAAUCUUCGUCACGACGACCGGCUGCACGGACAUCAUUAUGGGCGAACACUUCCUUAACAUGAAGGAUGACUCGAUCGUGUGCAAUAUUGGGCACUUCGAUUGUGAGAUUAACGUCAAAUGGUUGCAGGAGAAUGCGGUGCAGAAGGUGAACAUUAAGCCGCAGGUUGACCGGUACGAGCUAAGCAAUGGCAAUCAUAUCAUCCUGCUGGCGGAGGGACGGCUGGUGAAUUUGGGCUGCGCUAUGGGCCAUUCGAGUUUCGUCAUGUCGAACUCGUUCACCAAUCAGGUGCUGGCACAGAUUGAGCUGUGGACAAACCGGGAGAAGUACAGCAUCGGUGUGCACGUGUUGCCGAAGAAGCUGGACGAGGAGGUGGCCGCACUGCAUUUGGACAAGCUGGGCGUGAAGCUGACGAAGCUGAGCCCGCACCAGGCAGAAUAUCUUAAUCUGCCGACCGAGGGACCAUACAAACCGGACCAUUACCGUUACUAAGA